AUGGGCGACGGGCCGGCACGGCGACCUAGCCACGGCCGUGUGCAUAUCCCCAGCAGCAGCGCCACCAGGGAAAGCACCAACCUCAGCGGUGGUACCGUCACGGCCAGUCCGACGACCUUUAAUCACAGCCGGUCACACGCCAUCCGCAUCCAGGAACCGCAUGAACGCCGCCCGCUGCUCCCUCAGCGCGCCACCUUCCCCCAUGAACUCGACGGCGAUGCCUUUAGCUGCUUCAGCUCGUAUCCUACCACACACCGCCACCUCCCCGUCUACACCAACAUCCACCGCAUCCGCCGUGACAUCAUUUCGGUAGUCGAGGACUACCUGUCGUUGGAGCAGCUGCGUGACGUGCGCCUCAAUAUCAGCGUCAUCCGCCCGCUGGUGGACAAGCUCUACGAGCAGGACGACAUAUCGAUAGUCUACUGCCUGCUGGUGAACAGAGCCUAUUUCCUGAGCGAGCAAAGCCACCUGAGCAACCGGCAGAACGUCAACUUUGCCCGGGCGACGCUGUGCGAGCUGAUUGCCACGCGAAUUUUGAGGCGAUUCAACGAGGACAAUGAGGGACCUCGGAACCUGCUCGUUCUAGCCCAUGUCUUGAUCGCCGGUUUCGAGCCCUUUCAGAAUGCCCCCGAAGAGAUUAGGGCCGAGGUGGGCGCCUCGGCGUCCCAUCACAGGACGUUACCGGCGCUUGAGGUGGCCAUCUUGAGCGAGAGCAGGGUGUUUUUGGCGAGUACCAGCUGUCAGAAGGUCGUCGAUGCCAUUUACGACGGCCGCGUCAUCUACACGCCUUCGAGCUUCAUGGAUUUGAUCCCUGACCGCUACAAGCAGCGCCCCAUCUCGCUAUAUAACCCGAGAGAAGCGCCCCUUCUCAACCACUACCGCCUGGUCGUCCCGCGGACAAGGCACUUUAUUGAGAUCAUGCAGUUUGUCAUUCUGCUGGGUUUAUAUCUUGCUUUCAUGACCGAGAGAGAUCCCUCGCAGUUCAGCAAUCUCGAAGUUUGCUUUACCAUCUACGCUCUUGGAUGGGUGUUGGACCAGUUUGCGACGCUGCUCGAGCAUGGAUGGCAUGUCUACGCCCAGAAUCUCUGGUCGUUUCUGGAUGUCACAUUUGCCGUCAUCUACUGGAUAUAUCUCCUCAUCCGCCUCUACGGCUGGAAGUUUGACAACGCUGAGGCUGAUCAGCAGGCGCUUGAUGUGUUGGCCAUGGGUGCCCCAGUGCUCGUGCCCCGAUUAGCCUUCAACCUGCUAUCGGACAACCUGCUGUUUCUGUCUCUGAGGUCCAUGAUGUCCGACUUCGCCUUGCUGACGGUCCUGGCCAUUUGGUGUUUUGUCGGCUUCUUGCUGUCAUUAGUCUGGCUCGGGGAUGGCGAUGUUUCUGCAGCAACCAUCAGCAAGUGGAUGAUUUACAUCUGGUUCGGUCUGGACGGGUCAGGCAUCCAGCAUUCGACCGAUUUCCACCAAAUUCUAGGGCCGUCUCUGAUGGUCACCUUUGCGUUCCUCGGUAACACCCUCUUCCUCACCAUCCUCGUCGCCAUGCUCUCCUCCACAUUCGCCAAAAUCGUCAAUGAUGUCCCUGCCGAAAUCCAGUUCCGCCGUGCCGUGGCGACCCUCGAAGGCGUCAAAGGCGACGCCAUCUUUGCUUACCCGGUACCCUUCAACAUCCUUGCCUUUGUCUUCCUCGUUCCUCUCAGGUUCUUCGCUUCACCUCGGUGGUUCCACAAGAUCCACGUCUUGUCUGUCCGCCUGGUCAACCUCCCUCUCCUGCUUAUCAUCGCCAUCGCCGAACGUCGCUCCCUUUGGCCUCGCAACUCCAAGGGUCUGUCCCCGGCUCCGACGCUCGUCCAGGCUACUGUCAAGCCGCGCCGUCGGUUCUGGGAAAGAUUCCGCAUCACGGCACACAGGGACAUCUAUACCGUUUUUGAAGUGCCUCCGCCGGACUCGGUGCUCAAUGAGAUUACCACAGACGACGAUCUGACGAGACAUCUAAUCAGAAGGCAGUUUACCCCGAAGGUUGCUCAUUCUGAGACAGCAGGCCAGCCUCAGCCGCCACAUCCGCCACAUCCAUCGCAGGAGCAUUUGGUACCAGAGCCGGCGGCUCAGCAAGGCCAGGUUGCACAGGGACAUCGGCCAUCGGGCAGGCGAGAUAGCAUUGCGCCGUUCCCUGGGCUCAGGGCAGAGCUGCAGGGGGUAUUGAGCGAGAGCGACGAGAUGACGGAUAUCACAUCAAGGUUGGAGACUUUGGAGGAGAGUAUGCAAAGAAUCGAGAGCAUGCUGGAAAAGUUGGUAGCAGGCGGGUCUAGCGCGAGCAGUGACGGAGGCUCAGUCGCGGUAGAAGGAGUUGAGCCUAGUAAAAGACGACUGACGCUGAUAGAGUUGAAUAGGGAGGCCGAGGAGGAGUAG